AGCAGCCGCUGCUCUGAACAGACUGGCGUUGGCCGGCUCUCCCCCUCCUGCCGGGACGACUACAGCGACCGAGGCCAGGGACCCCCUCUCCUUCGGCCUCUGCACCCUCAUCCCCCCAUCCCCGGCUUUGAGGCUGGCCCGGAGAGGAGUACUCCCCACUUUGCCACCCGCCUCUGCCCUGGAGAGGAAGGGCUGUCUUUCCACACCCGGGAGUGAGGGACCCAGGUUGCCCGUGCCCCGCAAAGGCAAGGGGCCCUCUGUCGAGGGGUGGAGGGGCCGGCCAACCACCACUUCUUUCCGCCUGAGCACCCUACAACUCCCACCCCUCCGUAUUUAUUUCCCUGGCGCCCUGCCGGCCCCUCCAUCUCUGUCUUCAGGGUUCAGGCCUCCCUCCCUGACAUGGAGAGUAACCUGUCUGGCUUGGUGCCUGCUGCUGGGCUGGUACCUGCGCUGCCGCCCGCCGUGACCCUGGGGCUGACUGCGGCCUACACCACCCUGUACGCCUUGCUCUUCUUCUCCGUCUAUGCCCAGCUCUGGCUGGUGCUCCUGUAUGGGCACAAGCGUCUCAGCUAUCAGACGGUGUUCCUGGCGCUCUGUCUGCUCUGGGCUGCCCUGCGUACCACCCUCUUCUCCUUCUACUUUCGAGACACACCCCGAGCCAACCAUCUGGGGCCCCUGCCCUUUUGGCUUCUCUACUGCUGUCCUGUCUGCCUGCAGUUCUUCACACUGACGCUCAUGAACCUCUACUUUGCUCAGGUGGUGUUCAAAGCCAAGGCAAAGCGUCGGCCAGAGAUGAGCCGAGGCUUGCUGGCUGUCCGAGGGGCCUUCGUGGGGGCCUCGCUGCUCUUUCUGCUGGUGAAUGUGCUGUGCGCGGUGCUGUCCCGCCGGCGCCGGGCACAGCCCUGGGCCCUCCUGCUGGUGCGUGUCCUGGUGAGCGACUCCCUGUUUGUUAUCUGCGCACUCUCUCUUGCCGCCUGCCUCUGCCUUGUGGCCCGGCGGGCCCCCUCCACCAGCAUCUACCUGGAGGCCAAGGGGACCAGUGUGUGCCAGGCAGCUGCAAUGGGUGGCGCCAUGGUCCUGCUCUAUGCCAGCCGGGCCUGCUACAACCUGGCGGCCCUGGCCUUGGCCCCCCGGAGCCGGCUGGACACCUUCGAUUACGACUGGUACAAUGUCUCUGAUCAGGCGGACCUGGUGAAUGACCUGGGGAACAAAGGCUACCUGGUGUUUGGCCUCAUCCUCUUUGUAUGGGAGCUGCUGCCCACCACCCUACUGGUGGGCUUCUUCCGGGUGCAUCGGCCCCCACAGGACCUGAGCACCAGCCGCAUCCUCAACGGGCAGGUCUUUGGCUCGCGUUCCUACUUCUUCGACCGGGCACACUGCGAGGAUGAGGGCUGCUCUUGGGAGCAUAGCCGGGGCGAGAGCACCAGCAUGUCAGGUAGCCUAGGCUCCAGCAGCUGGUAUGGCACCAUCGGGCGGGAACCAGGCUGGUGCGGAGGCAGCCAGACUCGGACCACGCCCCUGCUCUUCUCCCAGGUUCUGGGACCAGGCGGCCACCACCACAGUCUCUACUCCACCCCGCAGACGUGAUCUCCUUCAUCUCCCCACAGAACACCCAACCCCCCAGCCCCUCCCACCCUAGACCCCUGUGCCAAGUUCAUCUGCUGCUUCUUGCCCAGGAUCCUGGGGGCUGUAGCUUCCCUAGGCCGGCUCCUUGCUACUCCUGUUGCAGUGAGCUUGUGCUGUCCCCUAGGAUGGGGUGGCAUGGCCCUGGCUGCCAGAUGCUCACGGCGCCCUGGCAUGACCCGCCACCUCCGCUUCCACUCCGGAGCCAGCUACCUCUCCUGCGUCUGCCACUCAAUAAACAGUGUCUGUGCCCCAAGUCC